AUGUCGGAGAGAUUAAUGGAAGGAAAGAUGUCCCUGUACGGGAAAAAUGCCCCGUCCCCCGGGGAACUUGCUGGUCUAUGGAAAAACGUCUUACAGAGAAGAGAUGUCAUCAAUAAGCGACACUUGGCAACAGUGGGCAAUGGAAGCCAAUGGGUUGGCGUUAAACAAUGGUCACAAAAAAUGAUUGAAGAUGGAAAGGAUUCUAUUUACGGUCCUCGAACACGAACUACCGUGGCGGAUGUAUCGACAAAUUACAAGCGGUUAUUCCACAUAAAGUAUGGUUACGACAGUAAGAUCCACAGAGAUGACCGAAAACCUAUGUCCACUACUGGUCAGGCUAUGCAUGAUGAGGAGACCCGCCGGACUGUUCCGGUUCUGACUUCAUCCCAGUAUGGAAAUCGUGUGUAUAAACCACUGGAAACCUUCAGUCGUUCGCACGUAUGUAUCGAACACAUACAGAAAGGCUUCUACCACAAACGGGGUACGGGAUUACCUCCCCUGGAGCCAUAG